UUGACACGCCAAGUUGGGUGAUUUGAUAUUGGUGUUGAAUAUCUGGCAACCGAAAAAAGAGGAGAGGGAGAGAAGGAAGUGGGAACUUUAGGAAUUUUCCAUUUAAAAGAAAAUGUAAUUUAAGAUGUAGACUAUCAAAAAGACUGGGAAAAAUGAAAAAGCAUUGUAAUAAGUUCUAUGCUUAGAACAUAAGUUCUAUACAUAGUUCUAAGCAUAGAAGUAUCAAAUAAAAUAAAUCAUAUACGCAAAUCAGAUAAAUGGAGGGGGAAACAGGGGUAAAAAACAAAACAAACAAACAAACAAAAAAAAUGCUAAACGUGUACUGUGAGGUAGGCUACUGGGUGGAAAAUCCAGCAGUUGUCUGAGUGCAGGUUUUAAAACACCUUUGGGCUGAAAAGCUUUGCUGGACCUGGCAACCUCCUGAUCAUCACUGCACAAAAGUGUGACCGCACAGUCAGCUGUCCAACACUUCAUCUUGCUGAGAGUAACUUGUAACAUGGAUCGCUGGAAAGGCAGAGUUGCGCUUGUCACUGGUGCUUCAGUGGGAAUCGGAGCUGCAAUCGUCAAGUCUCUUGUGCAGCAUGGCAUGAAGGUGGUCGGAUGUGCCAGAAAUCUAGAGCAAAUAGAGAAAUUGGCAGCAGAAUGUGUCAGUAGUGGAUUCAGCGGCACUCUGUUCCCAUAUAAAUGUGAUCUGUCUGUGGAGGACGAAGUGUUAUCCAUGUUCUCCUGGAUCAAAGUUCAACAUCAGGGCAUUGACGUGUGCAUUAAUAAUGCUGGUUUGGCUCUUCCAGAGCCUCUAUUGAGUGGUAAAACCAGUGGCUGGAAGACUAUGAUGGAUGUGAAUGCCAUUGGCCUGUCAGUGUGUACCCGUGAGGCCUACCAGUCCAUGAAAGAAAGAAAUAUUGAUGAUGGCCACAUCAUUAAUAUUAACAGCAUGAGUGGGCACCGGGUCCUCAACAGCGCUGAUACACACUUCUACACUGCCAGCAAAUAUGCCGUGACUGCUCUCACUGAAGGUCUGCGACAAGAGUUACGCGAGGCCAAAACCCACAUACGUGCCACGUGUAUAUCUCCUGGUUUAGUGGAGACAGAAUUUGCCUACCGGCUCUUUAGUCAAAACCAAGAAAAGGCUGCAGCUACCUAUAAAAGUAUAAAGUGCCUGCAAGCAGCUGACAUAGCAAACGCAGUGGUGUAUGUACUCAGUGCUCCUCCUCAUGUUCAAAUUGGUGACAUUCAGAUGAGACCUGUGGAACAGUUGACUUAACCUGAGGAGAUAAACAGGAUCAGGCAUCGCUGACAUCUUAAUCAUCCUAAAGGCUCAUAUAUGGGCCAUUCUACAGAAUUGGUUCAAAGCCAGAAUUGCAAAGGUCUUGAGAAAAUUUUGUCCUUUUCCACAAAUUUUUUUUUUUAUGUAUGCAAAUUGUAGAAUAUCCAAAGUACACAUUUCUAGUAAUUGUGCAGAUAAUUCUCAUAUUGUAUUUUCAGAAAGUUUUGGAAUAUUUUUCCUCUCCCAAAUUUGUCACUACCGAAACACAAUAAUAAAUAAUUUAAUAAAUUUCAGUAAGUUACUUUGACCUAUUAAGAUUUUGUUUACAUCUUUCUUGUAAAUAGAAUAUUUAAAAGAAAGAAUAUUUCAAGUGUAAUUUAUGCGAUUAGUUUUAUUUUGGAUCCAAUCUUUCUUUGUAAAAGGCAUAAAGUUUAUCAUACUGAUUUCAAAGUUAAGGAUUCAUUAGUUUGAACAUACAUUGAACCAAACACUAUUAUUAUUAUUAUUAUUAUUAUUAUUAUCUUAGUUGAUAAUUCAAUAUACUUUAUUUUUGAUAAAACAUCCCAUGUUUUGGACCACAUCACAUUAUAGAAUUUUAACUUGCAUACUAAAACACUACUAAAACAUAUAAAAAAUACUAAUGAUUUGCAUAUAGCUGUACUAAAAUUUUGUUUAUUUUUCCCCAAAUAAAUGAUUAUAUGUUCCCUUUUGUCACUACCAAAACAAAGAAGAAGUGUUUCGGUCGUGACUGUUUCGGUAGUGACAAUUUUAGAUACUUUUGAGCCUAGCUCAAAGAUGCUAAUCGGUACAUUGUUACCUAGCACAGUUCUGAACAGUUGUACACACAUUAAAAACUAAAUUUUAUCGAAUAACCCCAAAAACGAAUGUCGUUUCGGUAGUGACUGCUUCGGUAGUGACAAUUUUAGAUACUUUUGAGUCUAGCUCAAAGAUGCUAAUCGGUACAUUGUUACCUAGCACAGUUCUGAACAGUUGUACACACAUAAAAACUAAAUUUUAUGGAAUAACACCCAAAAAAGUGUGCUUAAUUGCAGAAAAAAGGUGUUUGGUAGUGAUGUUCCUUAAAGUUACACACAGAUUUUCAGACUUUUGAACAUAUUUAACUCAAAAUGAUGGUAUCUAUUAUGAAAGAGAGGCUAUGAGAGAGAGGGACACAGGAAUAUUUCCUGAUCAAAAAUGUAGAAGUGUGGUUAAAUCAGUCUCAGCCAAUGGACUAAAACAUGCACGGUAGUGACAUGAAAAUGCGGGCCAUUUUUUAACGUAAAAUUUCAUGAUUUUUUUAGCUUCACUUAAAAAAAAAAAAAAAUCAAAAAUAUAUUUUUAAGAACAACAAUGGAAAAAAAAUGCAAAAAUUAUUUCAAUAUUUUCACAAGUUGAAAUUUAGAGGUUAGGGUUAGGGACAGCCACACCCCAAUAAAUGAUAAUUUAAUAUACAUUUAGCUUACUGAUAUUUUAAAUAUUAUUGUGGGAUUCAAAAGAUAAUAUAAUCUUAGUAAACAUCUAAAAUUUGAAUACUUAAAUGCUUUUUAAAUGUGUUUUUUGGUUGUGGGACAGCAGUUUGCACCAAUUCUGUAUAAUGGCCCAUAUAGUUUUAAAUAUUAAAUAGGGAAAAUCACAAUAAUGUCCCUAUAAAUUGUUUCUGCACUCCAGAUCUUUUGAAAUGCAAAUAACAAGAACACAAAACACUGAUCUGUGUGAUCAUGAAGUUUACAUUUUUUUUUUUUUUUUUUUUAUAAUUAUUUAUCAAAUCUAUGUUAUUAAAAAAAAUGUUUUGAAAAAAGAAAUUAUGCAAAGUACACUUUAGUGCACAAGUAUUGAGUUAUCCAUCUUGCAAAAUGCAGAAUGAGUGUAAUUUUUUGCUUUACAUUGAUUAUAGUGACAAACAUUCACAAAUAAACAAAUGUUUUGAAGAUAAAAAAAAAGAGGGAUUUAUGUCAUGCUUUUCUUCAAGUGUUUGUGAUGAAACUAUCAAAUUGCUUUUUUUCUUUGAAAAAACUGAAAACUGAACACAGGCACAAUAUGGGACGCAGAAUUUGCAGAAGCAAUUAUUCACGUUUACUGAACUGAAUUUUACUGCUUCACUGGAAAAUGCAGAAGACGCAAUAAACUACUGCAAAAAAUG